AUGCCUGGCCAGAGGAAGCGACCCUACUCCAAUAUUGAUUUUACGCUGAAGAAGGUGUUCAAGAAGCCGGGCUUUCGACUACUGCAACGCGAGGUCAUCACAGCGACGUUAGAAGGCGACGAUGUCUUCCUACAGGCUGCAACUUCCUUCGGAAAAAGCUUGUGUUAUCAGCUCCCGGCAGUAGUUGAUUUCGGCAUUACUAUUGUGAUAUCCCCCCUUCUGGCGCUGAUGAACAACCAAGUCGCUUCCAUGCGCAAUGCCAAAAUCAAAGUGGAAACCAUAAAUAGCACGACACCACCUUCCGACAAACAAAGAAUUACUGCAGACUUACAGUGUGGUCAUCCUCUCACACGUCUCCUCUACGUAACACCGGAAUUUUGUCAGGGGGACCACUUCCGCAAGAUCCUUCGCGUAAUUCAUUCCCAGCGAGAGCUCGCCCGCAUAGCGGUCGACGAGGCGCAUUGUGUCAGCGAAUGGGGUCACGACUUCCGUCCUUCGUUUCAGCAACUAUCAUUCUUCAAGACUGAGUUCCCAGAUGUUCCUAUCAUAUGUCUCACAGCUACAGCUACGGCGCGUGUCAGAGACGACAUCAUCAAAACGCUGGCUCUAGACCCCUCUAAGCUGAGAAUGUUCCGUAUGAGUACCAGCCGCCCAAACCUACACUAUGAAAUACGCUUCAAAUCGGAUGAAGACGACCACUAUUCCGACUUCCUUUCCUGGCUGAAAGCUGCUCACGCCAGACGUGCCGCAAAUCCUGAGCGAGCGACCCAAUUAGCAACCCAAAACCAGCGCGCCGAUAAUGUCCCUGGCAUUAUUUAUACCCUCUUCCGCAAAGACUGCGAAUCGCUCGCUGCCCGCCUCCGUGCUGACGGCAUAGGCGCAAAACCCUACCACGCCGGCCUCCCCCACGCCGAACGCGCAGAGGCUCUCUCGGGCUGGGUAGCCAACAAGGCGGGCUACGAUGUCGUUGUUGCUACUACUGCCUUUGGUAUGGGCAUCGACAAAGAAAACGUACGUUUCGUAGUGCACUGGCAAAUCCCCAAAUCCUUCGAAGGCUUUUACCAAGAAGCGGGCCGUGCAGGCCGAGACGGCAAAGCAGCAGUCUGCAUCCUCUAUUACGGGCGCGAAGACCGGGACCGCGCUGCGACCAUGAUGGCACGCGAUCAAGCACGUCAACCGACCAAGGGUGCUGGGGUAGCGGCGCAGCAGCAGCAGUUGAUGAACCGAGCGAAGAGCUUGCAGGCCCUAGUGGCCUAUUGCGAGGCUACGAAUGAGUGUCGUCAUAAAAUGAUUGCAAAGUAUUUCGGGGACGAGGAGGUCCCGCCAUGUGACUUUGCGUGUGACUGGUGUAAAGACGCCGAGGCGUUAGUAAGGAGGAAGGAGAGAGGGCUUGCAAGUGAAGAGUGGUGUAGCACUCAGCGAGAUUUGGGCAGAUAUGAUAUCGACGAGUAUGAGUGA